AAAGCAGCGCGUGAGGCCAGAUACACAGCACGAGCAAAAGCAGCGCGUGAGGCCAGAUACACAGCACGAGCAAAAGCAGCGCGCGCGACAGGGAGGCAGAGCGAGACCAGCUGAGACUGUCAGCGCGGCGCGUGGAGAUGGACUUGUGGAGUCAGCGAGGCACGAGGAUGCACAGAUAGGGCAUCAUCAGAUGCGUCCACUUUCCAAAGGAUUCCAUCUUUACUUCUUAAAGAAAGCACAAAGGAUGAGCGCCUGGACUGUGUCUGGGAGUAUGGAAGCGUAAGCAUGUCAGCUGGCAAAUAGUUUCAAAAAGGUUUUGAUUUGCAUUUUGCCAACUUGAGUGGUUUCCACCUGUAUGGAUGAAUUCAUAUAGACUUUCUCAGCUUCUUCAACUGACACGACAGUAAAUUCUAGCAGCUCGCCCUUAUUCUUUAAUGCUAGUUUGACUCAAUAUGUUUGCAUGCGAGUUGUGCGUCAGUCUCCUGGCUGUUGUAUGCCUCGUCGGGAUACCCCGAGUCAGAGCGGCGGCAUGCGAGCCGAUCCGGAUCCCCAUGUGCAAGCAGAUGCCGUGGAACAUGACCAAGAUGCCGAACCACCUUCACCACAGCACGCAGGCGAACGCGGUGCUGGCCAUCGAGCAGUUCGAGGGUCUGCUGGGGACCCAGUGCAGCCCGGACCUGCUGUUCUUCCUCUGCGCGAUGUACGCGCCCAUCUGCACCAUCGACUUCCAGCACGAUCCCAUCAAACCCUGCAAGUCGGUGUGCGAGCGGGCGAAGUGCGGCUGCGAGCCGGUCAUGAAGAAAUACAACCACACAUGGCCGGAGAGUCUGGCCUGCGAGGAGCUGCCUGUGUAUGACCGCGGCGUCUGUAUCUCACCGGAGGCUAUCGUCAAAGCUGAAGGACCUGACAAUCCAUAUUACCAAGACUUCUCAAAAUGCUCACCAGAGUCAUCGCCAGACUUUCCAAUGGAUUCUCACAAUGGCAACUGCAGAGGCUCCAACGGUGAGCGAUGCAAGUGCACAACAGUAAAACUUGCUCUGAAGACAUAUUUAAGGAAUAAUUACAAUUAUGUCAUUCGAGCGAGGGUUAAAGAAAUAACGAGCCGGAAUCACGACCUGAGUGCCGUGGUCGAAGUCAGAGACGUGCUGAAAUCCUCCCUCGUCAACAUUCCCCGGGACACGGUGACGCUGCACUACAACUCGGGCUGCCUGUGCCCCCCGCUCGCAGCCAACCAGGAGUACAUCAUUAUGGGCUACGAGAACGAGGAGCGCUCCAGGUUGUUGCUCAUUGAAGGAUCAAUUGCACAGAAGUGGAAGGAUCGCAUGGCGAAGAAAGUCAAGCGAUGGGACCAGGUUCUCCGCAGUCAGAGCCGAGGGAAUUCUGGGAGGAGCGGCGUGAGACGGACCCGACACUGAAGCGAGAGCGCGGGGACGGGAACCGGACCAAACCCAGAA